ACUGUGUGUUUUCCCUGCAGGAGUAAGAGUUGCAUGUUCGAGGAGUUUCUGUUCGCGUGGCUCGACCGUCUGAGGAAGCUGGAGGAGCACAGCAGCAUAUCUGUCAAAAUGCAGAAGGAAGUGGACAGAUGCAGGGCGGUGGCUCCAGUGUUGAAGUGCGUGCGAGGUGAGCAGCUCUGGCUGGAUCUGUUCCGGCUCGUCUCUCUGCCCGGAGGAACCACACUAGAGACUGCACCACAGAGACCUGCUGCGAGUGGCCGACAACAUCAUCCACAAAGCCCUGGAGCUCAAGGGUAAUGCUCCUAAACUGGUUCACACGCCCCUGACAGAUAAGUGCUAUCUGACACUGACACAGGCCAUGAAAAUGGGUUUGGGCGGGAAUCCCUACAGCCCCGCGGGAACCGGCAAGACCGUGUGAGACACUUUUUUUUAAUGGAUGGGCGCUUUUUAUUUCACUUCUUUUGGACUGAUGCAUGCAACACCCGCUGAGUGCCAUUAAACAGCUUGAAAGGU